UUCACGCUUCGUGACGUCUUAUAUAACCCUGUUUUAAAGCAGGAACCAGCUAAAUGAAAUGUGUAUCUCGCAGAACGAAUUACUAUUAUACCUGUAGUACACUUCAACAGGUAUAAGAAACCAAUACAAUUAUUCAAUAGUGAAAGUGGUUCAUUGUCGUGAACAUGUUUAAAACUGCCAGUCUAGUGUUCGUGAAUGAUGGUACCUUGGAAAAGAAAAGUACAAAUAUAGUGCAUGAGUUUCUUGUAACACACUUGACGUUACUGAAGUACGAUGUAGAGAAAUUGGUAUUAACAACUGACGACGAAAAGUUUGUGGCAAGUCAACUUAAUGAGCUUUCAAAGCAAUAUGAUAUUCUUUUAGUUUUAGGCGACAAUAAUACAAUUCUUAAAGCCCUAGCAAGACUGUGUGAUGAAGAUUUAAGCCUUACUGAAAAAGUUGAACCUAAACAUAAAUGUGUUUGUGAUUUGCCAUCCAAAGCAAAAUUACUUACUAGUAAUACACUUACUUAUCCUGUGAUAUAUUUCCAACGGAUCUUUAUUCUUAAGGAAGAAUCUGCCAAAGAUCAAUUUAAGGAAGUUUUGAAAUCUCACUUGGAGCAAUAUAUUGCACCACCAUUAUAUAAGAAGUUCAUUCAAGCAUAUACUAAUGGUAAUACAAAAAGUGUUAUAGAUUCAAUUCAAGAUUUAGUUUCUGUUAAUGUACAUAAAGAACAAGACUUUGUAACUCUUGAAGUGAGCAGUGAACAGCUUACAAAUGUUGUAGAAGUAGAGCAAAUUCUGGCAAGCAGACUUAAUAGACAAUUUCUAUAUUCAUAUUGGGAUCAAGAAUCUUUAAAGAAAGUGUUAGAUAGUGGGGAUCAACAUAUUGUUAAGAGUUUAGAGGUCAUUGAGAGAUGCAUGGCAACAUAUGGACCAGACAACACCUUUCUCAGUUUCAAUGGUGGCAAAGAUUGUACAGUUCUUUUACACUUAGUAUACGCCUUCCUGCAAGUCAAUUAUCCAGACUAUAAGAAGCAGAUCUUCUGUCUCUAUGUACAGGGUAAAGAACCAUUUCCAGAACAAGAAGAAUUCAUCUCACUGUGUCAGAUUUACUAUAAUCUGGAUAUAAUGGUGGUAAAGAGUGGUAUCAAGGAUGCUUUACAAGAGGUUUUGACCACUAGGCCUAACUUAAAGGCUUGUUUUAUGGGUACUAGGAGAACGGAUCCAUAUUCAGAGCAUCUAGACGAUAUGCAGCUUUACUGCCUUUGUAGUGAACCUAGUAUUGGUAGGUCCAUCAAAAUAAAGGGGCUGCGGUGGCUAGGCCACCUAGAAAGAACGAACGAGAUGGAGCCGUCGAAACACAUUUAUAACCAAAGAACGGAUGGAGUAAGAAGAAAAGGAAGGUCCAGAGCACAAUUUAAGGACCAGGUGGAAUAUGACAUACGAGUGUUAAGAGUAAGAUAUUAGAAAACUAAGGUGAAUGAUAGGUAGGAAUGGAAGCUGAUCCUAGAACAGACCAAGACCCAUUAAGGGUUAUAGGGCCAAUAAUGAUGAAUUAGAUGACAGACCCCGAUUGGCCGCAAGUGAUGCGGAUGAAUCCCAUUCUCGAUUGGCACUAUUCCGAUAUAUGGGACUUCCUCCUCUUCUUCAAAAUCCCAUACUGCAAACUGUACGACUUGGGAUUCACCUCUAUAGGAAGCUC